AGGAGAGUGCGAGUGCUACAGGAGCUGGCUCUGCUCCGGCUCUCCACUGGCUGUCAGCGCCGCCGCCGCCGUUCUCCUGCUCGCUUUCGCAGUGCUGCAGGGACAGAGAGAGGGGAACACUCUCCAAAGCACAAACCUGGGACCAGCCUACUUCUUUUUCUCCAUCUUUUUUCUUGGGACCUAGCCACCAAGGAGCUAGCUCAUUUUUGGCCACCUUAAGCAUACCUAACCCCCUUCUUUUUCCUCCCUCCACCCUUGUCCUCCGCGGUUCUUCUGAAAUUCCUGGCUAGUAUAUGGAUAGAAGUUCCUUGUUUCAGCUCAUACAAGAGCAGCUGGACCCAGAGAACACCGGUUUCAUCGCAGUGGAGAACUUCACCAGCCUGGUGGAGCACCAUGAGCUGCAGCUGGACCCAUCCAAGUUGGAGAUGCUGUUUGCCCUGGUGCAGAGCAAUGAGGAGGGCCAGGUUUGCUACCAGGAACUCAUCGAGCUGAUGAGCAGUAAACGUUCUAGCAGCUUUCGGAGGGCCAUUGCCAAUGGCCGCCGCACGCUGCAGCGCGAGAUCCUGCUGGACGAGACGGGCCUGGGCAUCUACAAGCGCUUCGUGCGCUAUGUGGCCUACGAGAUCCUGCCCUGCGAGACCGACCGACGCUGGUACUUCCACCAGAACCGCCUCUGCCCACCGCCUGUCUUCAUGGCCAUCGUCACGGUUGUGCAGAUCAUCGUGUUCCUCUGUUACGGCAUCAUGCUGAACAAGUGGGUGCUGCAGACCUACCAGCCCGAUUUCAUGAAGAGCCCCCUGGUGUAUCACCCUGGGCACCGGGCCCAAGUGUGGCGCUUCUUCAGCUACAUGUUCAUGCACGUAGGCCUGGAACAGCUGGGCUUCAACGCGCUGCUGCAGCUGAUGAUCGGCGUCCCACUGGAGAUGGUCCACGGCAUCCUGCGCAUCAGCCUGCUCUACAUGGCCGGGGUGGUGGCCGGCUCCCUGACGGUGUCCAUCACAGACAUGAGAGCCCCAGUGGUGGGAGGAUCCGGCGGGGUCUACGCGCUGUGCUCCGCACACCUGGCUAAUGUCGUCAUGAACUGGGCUGGAAUGCGCUGUCCAUACAAGCUGCUCCGGAUGAUCCUGGCUCUCGUGUGCAUGAGCUCGGAGGUCGGCCGUGCAGUGUGGCUACGAUUCUCCCCGCCCCUGCCCUCCUCCGGCCCCCAGCCCAGCUUCAUGGCCCACCUGUCUGGAGCGGUGGUGGGUAUCAGCAUGGGCCUACUCAUCUUACGCAGCUACGAGGAGAGCCUGCAGCAGCAGUGCUCCUGGUGGGUCAUCGUCUUCUCUUUCAUCACUUUCCUUCUGUUCGCCAUAUUCUGGAACAUCUUUGCCUAUGAACUCCUUGGGGUGCAGAUACCCCCUCCGCCCUGAAGAGGACGCCCGUCUUUCACCUUUCCAGUGCGCUCUAUGACUAACCUCAUCCUGUUCUCCUCCUCGGUCUCUUAACUCCAGACACAUUGGAACAGGUUCUUAAAAGAAAACAACCAGAAAAUCAUUGUACGAGGACAGAAGUUCAUUCUACCAAUUUUUUUGGGGAAAGGGGGAGGGUUUCUUUUCAUGGGAAUAUAUGCGAUCUGUAGUUUUGUAAAACUUUCCCAUAAUACCAACUAAACAGUCAAUUCCCUCUUCACUGUGGUUACCUCAUUCCUCUAAUGUUGAUCCUGAGUCUCCGCGCAGAUUUGGAGAAGAUUCUCCUUGGAGUGCUGUUUCUGUAGAUUUCAAAGGAAGGUCUGCUGAUACAUGAAUUGACUUUAUGUCAGAAUAUGGGAGGCAGCUCUUGAGGUACUAGUUACUUAAGCCUUGAGGAUCCAGCAUUUGCACUUUUGACUCUCGAGGCACCAUGGUUUUCGGUAUUAAACUAAAGGUAAAAACAAACUCACUGUGUUAAUCAACAGCCUGAGAAAUGUACUAUACAGAUUUCGUCAUGAUUAAUAAGGGCAGGAAGAGAGCAGGAGGAAUAAAAGGAGAUGAUUAUAUAUGACACUCUUGAAAUCGACUCGAGGGAGAAUGAAAGCAGUGUAUACUGUCAUAUGCAGCACAUCUAUAUCUUCAUUUUAGAGUGAGUGUUGUCAGAUGCUUUAGCAGACCUGCAGACGCCCAAACUAAGACCAUAUAAUACUGAUUACAAAGUCAAUUAAAAUGUCCUGAUCAUCUCCAGUUUCACCCCAGAUGCCAAAAGUCUUUGGACAUUUACAGAGGAGUUUCUUUAGUGGUACCAUCAGAUCAGCCUGAUUUCUUACGUCAAAGGGGCAAUAUGCAAAAUACCGUUGCUUUGCCUGCUCAGCCACUGACAGACCUGCCAAGGGGGUGAGGACAGGCCACCUGCUGUCCCAAACCCUCCAUGUCCACAUCAGAGGCCAUUAGUGCCCAACUUAUACCUCAGUGUCCUAAGGACUGUAUACUUUUGUACAGGAAUGUACUGAAAGUUAUUUUAAUCAUCUUAUUUCUUGGGUUUCUUUUUUCAUAUCUGUAUUUUGUUCACUGUCUUCAAUACUUCAUUAUUUUCCUUCGGAGGAAAAGGGAUGAUGUUUCAAAUGGUGCCAAAUUGUUACUUUCUUAUGCCUGUUACUGUUGGAUUAUUCUAUGAUUCUUAGUAAACAUCCAGUAAAAAAAAGAAUAUAUCGAUAAAAUUACGAAUACUUGGACAAAUAA